GGAAGAAGAGGGAGAAACGUGCAAUAUCGGUUUAAAGUCUUCCGACAACACGCACCGUCCGGUAGUUACCGGCAAGCAUUAGCCAACAGAGUUCCCGGACUUGUGGAAAUAUUUCAAACCAAUUCACACAACGUCACAUGGAAAGUUGCACCAUGCAGGUUGAGGCGCCUCACUCAGGCAUUCAGGAUGAUUUCCAGCCCAGGCCUUUAGGUUCAGGAGAUCUGGAGGCUGUGGAGGCUCUGAUGUCAAUGACUAACCACUGGAAGACCAGGAACUUCAGGCUCAGCCACUUCAGACCUCUGACCCCCUCCUCAGACUUCUCAGAGGACGAUUCCCCCUCCCCUGGCUCUGCAGUAUUGCAGGACUCCCCACUGUGCAUGACACCUCCAUACAGUCCACCCAACUUUGAGACCACUCACCCAUCUUCAGGAACAACACUGCACCAACCUGCGCCAUCUAGACCUACAUGCCAGCAGAGCCCAGUGCCAGCAGAACAGAGUCUUCUGCAGCCUCAGACUGCUGCUACUCAGCAGAGGUCCCGCUCCACCAGCGUGAUCCGCCACACUGCAGACGCCCAGCGCUGCUCCUGUAACAUCUACCCCGUCUCCAGAGAACACAGCCUCCCCCAGCAGGACACAAAAGACUCAAAUAGCACUUUAAACUCUGAGGAUAGACUCAAUCGGAGAGACUCUGAGGAGAAUAUUAUAAAAAACUCUCACUCUCCUGCUUCACAAAUACCCGUUACUGUGACACUGCCGACCUCAGCUGAAGCCAGCAACACCCAGUUGAAGCUUCCAGUCCUGGGUGAUAAAUCACACACCCUUCAACCUGUGCCCUCUGUCUCUAGCUUUUCUCCUGUGCCUGUCUUCUGCCAGAUACCUUCAGUGUCACCUGCUUGUACCGGUGCAGUAGUCACUACUGCCGUUGUGCCCAAACCUGUGACGGCUACAUCUGCCUGUCAUCAGCACCCACUAUCACAAUCCCCCGCAGGCACUCCUCCUCACGUCUUGCUCUUGGGAACUCAGCUGGCAAAGGGCCCUGUAAUGCUGCUGGUCCCUCAGCCGACCAUCCCCACAGUUUACGUUCAGCCAGCAGUAGUGACCCCUGGUGGCAGUAAAUUACCAGCCAUUGCCCCUGCGCCUGGUUUCACCCCUUUAGUUCAGAGAGUCAGCCCACCACAGCCAGAGGUGUCACGGGUACGCAGUCAUGUUUGUCCCCACGACGAUUGUGGCAAGACCUACUUCAAGAGCUCCCACCUCAAGGCACACAUGAGGACCCACACAGGAGAGAAACCCUUCAAAUGCAAGUGGGAGGGCUGCGAGAGGCGAUUUGCCCGCUCCGACGAGUUGUCCCGCCACCGUCGGACCCACACAGGAGAGAAAAGGUUCGCCUGCCCCAUGUGCCUCAGCCGCUUCAUGCGCAGCGACCACCUGGCCAAACACGCCCGGCGACACCUAGCAGCCAAGAAGACACCCUGCUGGACGAUGGGGGUAUCUCAAUUUGUUGACCCCACGGCCUCAUCCUCAGCAGCACUCUCUAAGUAGGGAAAACAGGGUUAAGUACAGUAGACUGUGUCUUGUUUUGAAGGUAUUGCACAAUAUGGAUCCUGCAUCACUCCGUACUUAGAUCCCAUUAAAAACCAGCCGCACUACUAGAGCAACAACUGGAGGAGAUUGUCUUAUCCCAAGAAGUCAGUGUAGUUUUGGCCAAACAGCUCCUUCGACCGGAACAUUUUAAUGCAACGCAUAAGAAACUGUGCCAACUACCAUUCCCUCCCCACAGAGUGAAGAGCCUGGCUUAUUAGAAAUCACUGUAACGUAUAUAUCGUAUAUACGUAUAAACACACACACACAUAUAUAUAUAUAUAUAUAUAUAUAUAUAUAUAUAUAUAUCAUAAAAGCUGUCUGUCUUGUCUCUGUAGCGCAGGCUCUGUUUGAUUGUACUUGUAUGCUUUUAUUCUUAACAUCUGUGCUUUUAACUAUUUGUCUGUCUGGGGACAACAGGUGAAAAUGAGUUUAUCUCACUAACUCAUAUUUUCAGAAGUGUUAUUAAUAAGUCCCUGUCAAAUAAAGUAAUAAACUAAACUAAACUGAGCUGUGCCCUCGAGGGGCCAACUCUCUCUGACCUGAGAGAUCUUAAAUGAAGACCAAUGGGACAGUGGGAAUCUGAGAAACAGUAUUCUUUGAUUUUUUUUUUUUCCCCUCUGAUGACUGUUAGGCUGCCUUUGGUUGGACAUAAUACAGGUCCCACAGACUGUUGUGAUAGGAAAUUGGAAAAGGGAAAUGUCAGACUUUUAUAUGUUAACAACACUGUCAGUCCCCACUCAAGACUAUUACUAUUUGCCGGUGCAGCAUCUUCCCAAAGUUAUGCUCAGACUUGGAAGAUGCAGGAGUCCGCAUGCAAAAGUUGAAUCUCGGUGUAACAUUUGGCAACUUCUCCCUUUGUUUGGUUUUAUUGUGAACAAAACAACAGGCAUCUUUUCUUCACUCACGGGGAACAGCUUUAGCCGAAACAUGUCUGUCUUCUUGUUCACAGCAAAAGCAAAGUCAGAGGUUACCAAGAUGCUAAACUGAGAUUCAACUUUUAUGUGCGUGCUUCCACAUCUUGUAAGUCUGACUUAAACAUGCUGCCAUCCAAAUUGAAUAGCACUGCUGAGAUCUUAAUAUUGCUGUGUAUGCUAAACUGUUAAGUUAGAUGUAAAGUUUUGAUUUAGUGUUUUUUAAUGGUCCCUACUUGACUAGGUGUUGUAAUUGAGCAUGAAUUGGGUUUGGAGCCAAUGCUAAUGUUUACAGUUGCACGACAAACUACUGUAUUUCUUUAAAUGUCAAAGUUGGAGUCUACUAAGCCCAUGAAAAUACAGCUGUUAAAAGCAGGGCAGUUACAACAAACAAAUUAGGAUAAUAUUGUUUGACAUCAUUUUUGUACAUGUUGCUUGUCCAAUAUGCUCAUUUAACUGUAUGUUUUACAUUUUGGUGUUAUUUGACCAAAGAAUGUUGGAAACUUUUCUGUCUUUUUCUGUCAUUUCUUUUUUGUAAUGAAGCAAUUUUGCACACAGCUGUCUUUUUCAGGGAAAAUAAAUUCUCUAUGAAACAUAAAAUCAUGAUGUUGAUUUCUUAUCUUGU